UCCCCAUAUAUAGUACUAGAUAUGCCCCGCCCCCCGCCAUCACCUCCCCCAUCCUCUCUCUCUCUCUCUCUCUCUCUCUCUCUCUCUGUGUGUGUGUGUGUGUGUGUGCGCGCGCGCGCGCGCGCUUGUGAGUGUGUCUGCUCGCCAUGCACAGGAACGCAAGGAUCGUAGGGAACGGAGAGCAAACUGUGGUGCUCUCCCAUGGCUACGGUGGGAGCCAGUCGGUUUGGGACAACGUGGUGUCGCGCCUGACGCAAAGGUAUCAAGUCCUGCUCUUCGACUGGAACUUUUCCGGUGCCACCGAUGAGUACUCCGGCAAGCCCUUGGAGCUGUCCAAGUACUCCUCCUUCACUGCCUUCGCCGAUGACCUCAUCUCUCUCAUCGACGAGACGAACCUCGACGGCGUCAUCUUUAUUGGCCACUCCAUGUCCGGCAUGAUCGGUUGCAUUGCUUCCGUUAAAAGGCCCGACCUCUUCAGCCACCUUGUGCUCAUCGGAGCGUCACCCAGGUACUUAAAUUCAGAAGGUUAUGAAGGAGGAUUUGAGAGAAUGGAGGUGGAAAAGAUGUUUGUUGCUAUUGAGUCUAAUUUCCAAUCAUGGGCUCAAAGCUUUGUGACGCUUGCUAUUGGGGUAAAUGAUCCCAUCUCCAUUGAGACAUUCAAGAGGAGCUUUCUGCAGAUGAGGCCCGAUAUUGCACUAUCUGUUGCAAAGAUGAUCUUCCUGAGUGAUCUGAGGGAUGUUUUGGGGAAGGUUGAGGUGCCUUGCACCAUAAUCCAAGGUACCAACGACAUCGUCGUGCCGACCUCCGUCGCCCGUUAUAUUCAGCACAAGAUGAAGGGUAAGGCAAUGGUAGAGAUUAUAAGGUUCGAUGGGCAUUUUCCGCAGCUCACCGCCCAUCAGAUGCUUAUGGAAGCUCUUGACAGGGUCUUAGCAGCAGUGGAAGUGCAGAAAGAUGGCAAGGUUUCCAGUCAGGAAUAUGUUGUGAAUUCUGGUGUCUUGGGAUGAUGAUGUUGUGAACUCUAGGAUAAAUAGCCUCAAAAAAAACCAUAGCUUUUGUCUUUGGAGGCUAAACUUUGUAAAUCACAUCCUUUUAAUGACAGUACUUAUCACUUACAUAUUGCAUUAACAAUUCCUCCUAAUAUAUCUUUACAUCAUUUUCCCUCA